AUGCGUCUAUCAUUUGUUCUACUUGCGACGGCUGGAUUCGCUCUCCCUGCAGACACCAAUGCCCGGUCAACGGACGCAAUGACACACUCGCGAUUGAGGCAGAAGGUGACUUCGCCAGAUACUGUUGACGCAAUUGACGCGGGGAAUCUUGUAAACCAGGCGUUCUUCCGAGUCUUGAAAUCUGUAGAAACGGUCGACACGCAUGAAGACCCAGAGGAAGAACGAGGUCUGAAUGGACUUUCCGGGUGGACGAAGCUAAAAAAUCUACGGAAGGCUGAGCGUAUCAAAGAAAUCAAGGAGGCGUUAGCCAUCGCAAAAGUCCAAGUGAAAGCAGCAGCUGACACCGCAGCGGCGAAGGCCGCGCAAGUGAAGAACAUUGCAGACCAAUUGGAUGACGCUACGAUAGAGGCAAUACUCAAGAACCCCAAAUUUAAAGACAAGAUGUUCAGCACAUGGCACAAGGACAAUGUCGACCCCCAGCUGAUAUUCAAUGCCUUAGCUCUGCUUGGCAAGUACACCCAAGCCAAAUGGGACGGAAUAGCAAUUGCGUACCUCGACUUUUCCACAAAGAUGGCGAUCGCUGCUGCUAAAGCCAAAUAA